CAGGCCCCCCCGCCGGUGCAGGUCCGUGCCCUGCCGCGGGGCAGCCCCCGGGGCGGCAGCCCCUGCGGGAGUGCCGUGGCCAUGCCGGCGUCCAGCCUGUACGAGGCCAGCGAGGCCUCCAGCCCGGUGGCGGUGCUGGGCAGCACUGCGGAGAGCCCAUCGAGUAUCCGGUCCAGCUCGGGUUAGCCUACUUGCUUCUGGUCGGAUACCUCGUGAGGACGCUCUUCGUGACCUUGAACCUUCCCGCAUCCGUGGGGGUGAUGAUCACGGGCUUCGCUUUCUCGUACUUCUUCCAGAGCGACAUCUUCUUCGCGAGGGACCAGCUGCAGGAACUGGCCUUCUUCCUCGUGCUGUUCACCGCCGGGCUGGAGAUCAAAGUCGCGGAGCUCCGGUGGCACCUCUUUGUGAUGGCCUUCCUUCCGGCCUCCUGCGAAAUACUGGGCAUCACUGCGUAUGGCGUUCUGGUGCUAGGCUUCCACCCCAUAGAAGGUAUGGUGCUGGGCACUGUCCUGGUCGCCAUCGGGGACGGGCUGGUGAUCCCCAAGAUGAAGGAGUUCGGCGUGCGGUUCAAGGGCCAUCCCAUGCCCAGGCUCAUGUUCGCCUGGGCCCCGUUGGAGGCCUCCUAUGCCCUGACGGUCUUCGGUGUUCUCGUCGGCAUGUCGGCGCCUUCACACCAGCCGGACGUGCAAAUGGGAUCUCUCGUGUUCGGCAACGUGCUGCGGAUCACCGCCACCGUCGUCGCGGGGGCAUUCCUCGGCGCCGUGAGCGGGAGGCUCAUCCCCCUUCGGACGGCGCUCCUGUGGCACCGGCGGCAGGUGUUCUCGGGGACCGCUGUGGAGGCGUUCCUGAUGGUACUGUCCGUCGCCCUCUUGGCCUUUGGCCUCGGCGGGGCGUCCGAUCGGGGGAAGGAGCUGAUCCCGAUGAGCUUCUGCCCGGGCUCCAUGUUCCAGCCGGAGCUGCUCGUGAUCGCCACGGGCAGCUGCUUUGCCUCGUACACCGAGCCCAGGCUGCUCCACGAGGUGGAGGGAAUACUGGGCGGCGUUUGGGUCUUUGGCCAGCUGAUCCUGUUCAGCAUGCUGGGCAGCAGGACCACGCCAGCCAUCAUGACUCAGCUGUACCGAGUUCUGCCAGUGAUGCUCGUCGGGUUGUCGUUCCGCUUCGCGGGCGUAUUUUUUGGCAUGGCGUUGACAAUGACGGCGCGCGGUCGCAAAUACAGCGACCUCUUGCCGGACAUAGUCUUCUGCUUCCUGUCCACUUUGCCCAGGGCGACCAUCCAGGGCGCGCUAGGGGCCGUCCCCGUCACACAGCGCUUCUUCAAGGGCUUCCCCCACAGGCACCUUGCGCAGGAGUUCGUCUUUAUCGCAGCCCGGCUAUACAUCGUCAGCAUGUCGAUCGUAGGUAUGGUCCUCCUCAACACCAUCGGGCCCCGCAUGCUGCAGGCAACCCACAGGACCCGGCCCACCAGAGCUGCCCGACCGGAGACACCGACUCCACGGACGCGUCCACGGAGGACGACGCCAAGGGGGACGAGGAGACCGAGGGCAUGCUGGAGGAGCGCCGGAGCAGCAGCGCCCUGCACCUGCAGGCGGCCCUGGAGGCGCUGGCGGAGAAGUUCGCCCUGCCGCCGGGCGAGGUCCUUGGCAUGCUGUGCCACGCCUCGGCGUCGGGGCGCGACGCGGACGGCCGCCUCGGGUACACGCCCUUUGCGAGGCAGAGCUCCGCGCCCGAGGUCGCCCACGGGCAUGUACGCUGCGACGACCUCGGGAAGCGGCUCCAUGCUAGGGCCCAGCCCCCGCUCUGGGGCGGCAGGUGGCGACUGGAGCCCGCGGGGAGACCGCCCCUGGACAUCGAGGACUGCGAGCUCGCGCUGGCGCAGUUCGAGGCCGCGGGGUGCCUGA